AUGAGCCGUCAAGUACCUAGCAGUAUUAGGAUUUUGAGUUGCCGAGCAGCUCGCGGUCUCUCCCAGGGCGAGCCUCCAUCCUUGAAAAGUGUGGGAGACGGGCCCGUCCAAAGUUACCAAGCCACGAGCCCCACCCCCACCCAAGCUGGCGAUUCCACAGAAGGGACCGCCAAACCAAAGAGAAGUUUUUAUGCUGCGAGAGAUUUGUAUAAAUACCGACAUCAGUACCCAAACUUCAAAGAUAUCCGCUAUCAAAAUGACUUGAGCAAUCUUCGUUUUUAUAAGAAUAAAAUUCCAUUUAAACCAGAUGGUGUUUACAUUGAAGAAGUUCUAAGUAAAUGGAAAGGAGAUUAUGAUAAACUGGAGCGCAACCACACUUACAUUCAAUGGCUUUUCCCCCUGAGAGAACAAGGCUUGAACUUUUAUGCUAAAGAAUUAACUACAUAUGAAAUUGAGGAAUUCAAAAAAACAAAAGAAGCAAUUCGAAGAUUCCUUCUGGCUUACAAAAUGAUGUUAGAAUUUUUUGGCAUAAAAUUGAUUGAUAAAACUGGAAAUGUUGCUCGGGCUGUUAACUGGCAGGAAAGAUUUCAGCAUUUGAAUGAGUAAGUCAAGCUCUGGGCAUGAAUCAGUCAUCUUCCAUUGGUCAGAGUUCUCUACAGGAAAUAGGUACAGCUGGCAUUUGGACCCAGGGAUUUGGGUUUAAAAUCCAGUCUCAAAGGCAUUUUAUCAUCUGUUCUACAUCCAAAAACCAAACCAAACAAUAGCUAAAAAGAAGGAAAUAUAGGUAGAAAAAUCUGAUAUUCAACUUCAAAGCUGUUUCUUCCUCAAAUUGUUUGCCACAGUUAUGUAUGGCCUCUGUCUCAGAGCCAUAUUUCUCAGAAUUUAUGGUGACUGCCUAUUUACAGUUUUUCCUAUCCCGUCAACAAGGCUGUAUGCUGCUUGGGGUAAAAAAUCAUUCCGUAAAAGUAAGACAUGCCCAUUCUAAAACAAGGGAAAUUGUUAUUAUCUUCAUUGAGAUUAAAAGAAAAACACAU